AUGCCUUCAGAAAGACAAUCUUACAACAAAAGAGGACGCGCCAAUGACGAUUGGACCCCUGGGGCAGCAACGGCGCCUGACACUGCAACACAGCCUACAAUUGCAGCGCUUGAUGAGGCAGUCAACGCAGUCGAACCAGCCUACGACUGGGCUGAGUUGGAUACAUCCGACGCAGAGAUUGGGUGGUCUGGCCUCUUCGAUGGCCCGAUAUAUGUAUCAGCCACCGAUAGCGAAGACCUCCAAGCUUCCGAAACAUCUGUAGUAUCAGAAGAAGAGCAACUAUUGGAGGAUUGCAAGACUUACGUUCUCUCGAAGCUCAAAAUAACCGAUAAAAAUCGUUCCAAGUUACGCGAGCUGCUCCAUGAUCACAACUGGCCAUCAGUUUGGCAGUCUCUUGACACAAUCAAAAACUGUGGAGGUGGGCUGAGUUGGGAAUGGGGCACAAUGGAUACUUAUCUGCUGUUCAGAUUGAAGGACACAAAGUUGUUGAGCUGGCAAGAAAUCGCAGAGUACUUCUUCAUCGGAAUGAGGGCCACUCAAUGUAAGUCGAUUUAUGAGAAUGUGAUAGCAGAGGAGGAGGAGGAGGCGCGGCGCAAGUUCGUUGGGUGUUAAUCUUUGACGGAAGAAGCAGAGCAAUGUGAUUAAUAAUAUCUGGUCACUUCCAUAUCCCUUAUUAGGGGGGGGGGGGGGGGGGGGGGCUAGAUUUCGUGUCGUAUUCUGCUGCAUAGUGUCCAAUCUGGCUUCGAGCAAGGAUGAGAAACAUCCUUGAGAGUCACGAUACCCAGGCCUUUGCUAAACGUUGUAAGCUUUUCAACAAGUAUUGAGAUCUAUCGCCU